AAAUUCUCCCAGUGUCAGGUAUCUGGCCUCUUCUCUGUACAUCCAUAUGUCAAAGUCAAGAACAUUCCUACCGUCCUUGACCUCCUGCUGAGCACCCAAUUCCACUGACCUCCAUCUAUGCCUUCACCCCGCCUUAAGAGCUGCAUGUCCCAUUUUUACUUGUGGUAUAAAAGACACCGUGGCCAAGAACAGUGCCUACUUCGCAUUCUGCAAUGUUUUUGAACAAGUACGCCAUUAGCACAAAGCCUCAAGAUGCCUGCCAGGCCCAUUCCCACAAAGAUCUUCUCAGAAAAUGGCCAAUCAGGCAAAAAAUCAAGCAACACAAAAGGAAAUGCCCCUGUUUAUGAUCCAAAUGCCCCUGAACCCACCUGCAGAGCUGAACUCACAAAAUACUGGAUUUCCCUAACGUUUGAUGACAAGACGGCCAAUAAAAUGUUGUGGAUUUCAGAUGGUGGCUCUAAAGUGUGUCGAAGGACCAAAGAAGUUUGCCCAGUUCUGGAUAGACCUGAGAGAUAUGAACUCUCACCGCAAGUUCUCUGCAAAGAGGGGAUCUGGAAUAUGAGAGUGUACUGGGAAGUAGAGUACUCCGGCUGGGUCUUCAUCGGAGCAACGUAUGAAGGAGCAGCGCGGAGGGCUGAUUCUGGGCCUAGUGGACUGGGUGAAAAUGAAGAAUCAUGGGGUCUGUGCUGGUCUGGCUCAUGUUACGAGGUCUGGUUUAAUGGUGUAAACACAGAAAUCAAAAAUGUUCCAUUUUGCCCCAUAAUUGGCGUGUACAUUGACCAGCCCGCUGAUGUGAUAUGCUUUUAUAUGGUGAGUGGACAGGGGGAUGAAAAGGAGGCCACGCUACUGUACAGAUUUCAGACCCCCAUCGAGAAAAAGAUCUUCCCAGGUUUUUGGAUAGGAGUCCAGUCAGCUUGUACACUUCUCAAAAAAACAUUAGAGACAGGUGUUUAAACCUUGUGCCAUCAAAUUGAAUCCUUUUUGCCACAUUCAUUCAUUGUUAAAUGGUGUGAAUCUCAG